GCUCAAGGCCAGAUCGCAAAUGACAAGCGGAGUUCAGCAACGACGGGAGCGAAGCCUCAACAGCUGGACAAAAGUCCCGUGGAUGCAGCCGGGGGAGCCGAGGCAGGGAACUCCGGGACUCUGCCGUUAACCCCCCAAAGCCCUGGGUCCCAUCCAAGCCCGCUCGCCCUCCGCGGCUCCAGUUCGGCGACGGCGGCCGAGAGCCAGAGCCGAGAGGGAGGCGCUAGGGCCCCGCCGUGGCCGAGGACCGGCCCGCCAGGCGGGCGAAUCGAGGGGAGGGACCCGUCUUACGGCAGCCCCAGCCGUGGGAUCCAACCCUCGCCUAGCAGCCCGGCCGCCGGACAUCCUCGCCCAGCCGCGCAGCGGUCCUCCCCGGCCAUGCAAGGCGCAGCCCCGGCGGGGACAGACAAGCUCCGGGUAGGCGAAGCGGCUCGGCUGGGACUGCCUUCGGGCCGAGCGUGACGGCCGGGGAAAGAGGCUGCGGGGCCGGGCGGACACACCUCGGAGCGCCUGCCGGAGCUGCUGAGGUCCCCGGGGCGCUCCGGACGCUGAAGGCUGCGGUGCGAGCGGGCGAGGAUGGGCUGAGGAUGGGCUGGCAGCCUCCGCCGUCGAGGAUGCUCUGGACGGGCGCCCUGCUCCUGCUGGCGGCACUGGGGGGCGCGGGCGGGGCGCGCAGUUGCCCCCUCCAGCUGCGGGGCUGCAAGUGCGUGGGCGAGAGGCCGAAGGGGCUGGCCCCGGCCAGGAAGCGGGUCAGCUGCAGCGGCGAAGAGCUGCGGGAGCCGCCGGCGCCGCGCUUGCUGCCCAACGACACCGUCACCCUGAUUUUGAGCAAUAACAAAAUAACAGCCCUGAAGAACGGCACUUUUUUUGAACUCCAUGCUCUUGAAAAGUUAGACUUAAAGAACAAUUUGAUUAGCAUCAUUCAGCCUGGAGCUUUUCUGGGUCUUCAGAGCCUGAAACGCUUGGAUCUCUCCAACAACCGCAUUGGCUGCUUCAACAUUGGCCUCUUGCAGGGACUGUCCAACCUUAUCCGUCUAAACAUAUCAGGAAAUAUCUUCGCCACCCUCCAGAGUGGAGUCUUUGAUGAGUUGCUGUCUCUGAAAGUUCUUGACUUUGCCACUGAAUACCUGACCUGUGACUGCCAUUUGCGCUGGGUCCUAGCCUGGUCCAAAAGCCAUUCUGUCCAGGUAUCUGAUAAGACGGUGUGUGUCUAUCCUGCCAACUUGCAUGGGAAGCUACUACGAAACAUCAGAGAGAGCCAACUGCGCUGUGAAGGGUCCCCAGAGUUGCACACCCAUCAGCUAAUUCCCUCCCUGAGGCAAGUUGUCUUCCAAGGAGACCGACUCCCUUUCCAAUGUACAGCCACCUAUCUGGACAACAGCACACACAUCCUCUGGUACCACAACCGUGCACUGGUGCAAGAAGACGAACCAAGCGGCAUCAUCUUAGAGGACAGCCUCGUUCAUGACUGCACUUUAAUCACAAGUGAGCUCAUCCUGUCGAACAUUCAUGUCUCAGCUAAUGGUGAAUGGGAAUGCACCAUCUCCACUGCCCAGGGCAACGUUAGCAAAAAGGUGGAGAUUGUUGUGCUGGAGACCUCAGCCUCGUACUGCCCACCUGAGCGGGUUACCAACAACCGUGGAGACUUCAGGUGGCCACGGACCUUGGCUGGCAUCACUGCUUAUCAAUCCUGCCUCCAGUAUCCCUUCACUUCUGGGAAUGCAGGCUCUGGCCAUGAGAAGCAAGCAUGGAGACACUGUGACCGCACAGGCCAUUGGGAAGAAGAGGACUAUUCACACUGCUUGUACACCAAUGAUAUCACCCGUGUACUCUACACCUUUGUGCUGAUGCCUAUCAAUGCCUCAAAUGCACUAACCUUAGCUCACCAGUUGCGAGUCUACACAGCUGAAGCUGCCAAUUUCUCAGAUAUGAUGGAUGUCAUCUAUGUGUCUCAGAUGAUUGAAAAGUUCACUGGUUACGUAGACCAGAUCAAACAGCUGACCAACGUCAUUGUGGAGAUGGCAAGUAACAUGAUGCUGGUAGAUGACCAUGUUCUGUGGAUGGCCCAGAUUGAAGACAGAGCUUGUACCAGCAUAGUGCACUCCUUGGAGAAGAUUGCGACUUAUGCUGUCAGCACCAACUCUCAGCAUAUGGCUGUGAACUCCAGGAACAUCGCCUUUGAAGCCUACCUUAUCAUGCCAGAAAGUUAUCUGGGCAUGAGCUGCCUGGCUUUUCAGAAGCGUGAGAACCUUGGUAACCGUUCUCCACAACAGGAACGGUAUUCUGAAUCCUUGGCAGACCAGCAGUUGAAGUUCCGUUGUGCUACAGGCCGGCCAAACAUCUCCUUGGCCGGUUUCCACGUCAAGAACAGCAUUGCUCUGGCCUCCAUUCAGCUGCCUCUGGGCCUCUUCUCCCCACCAGUUCCCCACCAGCCCGUGCCCAUCAGGUGUAAGCUUCAGUUCCUGGUGUUCCGCAAUGGAAAACUCUUUUGCAGCACUGGAAAUUCUUCACAUCUCGCUGAUGAUGGCAAGCGACGCAGCGUGGCCACCCCAGUGAUCUAUGCAGGCACACAUGGCUGUGGCGUAAGCAAUCUCACCGAGCCAGUCAUCGUAUCGUUGCGGCAUUUGGACCAGGGCACAGAUCGCACAGCCGCUUUCUGGGACUUUGACAUUCUGGGUGGUUAUGGUGGCUGGAGAGCAGAAGGUUGCCAGCUGAUCCUUCAGGAACCCAACUUCACCACUGUGAGCUGCCGACAUCUCAGCAACACUGCUGUGCUGAUGGAACUGAGCAACUUCCUGCAUGACUCGCCAAGUCCCGCUGAGGUACUACAUCCUGUAAUUUACAGCUGCACGGCUCUCCUCCUCUUGUGCCUGUUUACCACCAUCAUUAUCUACAUCAUCAAUCACAGCACUAUUCAUAUUGCACAGAAGUGCUGGCAUAUGCUGCUAAAUCUUUGUUUUCACAUCGCCAUGACAUCUGCUGUGUUUGCAGGUGGCAUCACUCUCACCAACUACAUAGCCAUCUGCCAAGCUGUUGGCAUCAUUCUCCAUUAUUCUUCCUUGUCUACUCUUCUGUGGAUGGCAGUGAUGGCACGAGUGAUCUACAAGACAUCCACCUGGAAGGCACCCCAACAGCAGGAAGGGGAACCAACUCAGCCUGCUCCUCGUCCAAUGCUACGAUUCUACCUGAUUGCUGGAGGGAUCCCCUUGAUCAUCUGUGGGAUUACAGCGGCAGUUCAUAUUGACAAUUAUGGAGAUCAGGACUCGUACUGCUGGCUGGCUUGCCGACCAAGCAUUGGAGCAUUCUAUGUGCCUGCAGCUUUCAUUCUGCUCAUCACCUGGAUUUACUUCCUAUGUGCCGGAAUCAGUCUGCAGUGCCGAGCUAAGGAUCCCAAAGAAAUACCCAAACCCUUGGAAACAAGGCAGCGCUUUGGAGGCAGUAGCAACCUGUUAACCGAUUCAGGGUCGCUUUCAGUCACCCUGAAUUCCAGCCCCCAUGCUGCUGAUGUUGAUGGUGUGUAUUCUCUAGGGGUACAACUCUGGGCCCUUGUCAUCACACAUUUCCUAUACCUCACCUUAUGGACAUUUGGAGCAAUGGCAGUAUCUCAGCGUUGGUUCCUCCUGAAGGUUGUCUUCAGUUGCCUCUACGGAGUCACUGCUGGAGCCUUAGGAUUUUUCAUCUUUAUCUACCACUGUGCCCGGCGCAGAGACAUACAGAGUUUAUGGUUUACCUGUUGCCCAUCUUACAGGAAUGCUUUACCAAUGCAGGCUUAUGGGCAUACUGGAACGGGUGCUGAAGAUGGCUCACAGGUCUUCAUUGGCUGCAACCCAGAAGUAGCUCAGUCCAUUAAGUCUUCAUCUUCCCCUACCAGCACAAUUUCAACCCCAGGGCCCUGCAAACUCAACAAUUUGCAAGUGGCCCUUGCCCAGCCAGAUAGUAAUCCUGUAACAACUGCCUGCUAUGAGGAAGCAGAGCCUUCCAACAGUAAGAGUACCCCCUCAACCAGGUAUACGAACAAUCUCCAUGGGCGCACCAGGCACCAUAAAAGCAGAACUAAACUCUAUCGAGAAGGGAAGCAUCAGCGCCUGAAGGCAAUGCGGGGACCUUCCUCAGAGCAUCCUACUAGUGAGAGUGGGAGCCUUCAGAACAGUCAUUCAGAGAGUUACCAAAGCAGCCGGAAUAGCCCUUUGAACAAUCAGAACCAAGGGAAAGUUGUGACUCUGGAAUCCACCCUGACGCAAUCGGACUUGAGUGAUGGCAGUGGUGGCCCCCAGUCUGCAGAUUUUGGCCGAGGCCAGAGGAGAAGCGCCAGCAGAGACAACCUUAAGCAUCAGGCCAAUCCCUCUGUAGAAAGAGAGACUAAGAGGCGCUCCUUCCCACUCAAUGCAGCAAACCAGAAUGGGGUCCUGAAGGGCAGCAAGUAUGACAUUAAUCUCAGUGGUGCUGACAAUGCAAGCAGCAUGAAAACAGGUCUCUGGAAGAGUGAGACAACAGUGUAGGGAAGGGUCAAAGACCUCUGCAGCUGGGAUCCUAGAGCAACACCAACUCAGGUAGGAAGCUGCAGGUUACCCUUGUAGCCACAGCCUACCAGACUCAGUGAAGAGAACAUUCUAAUGCACUACAUAGGCUUAGAUAAUGAGAUGGGUAGGCAAGAACCAUGCUCCCCACCGAUCCUCCUGAGCAGAUGGGGUAGGGAGACUGUUCUGUCCUGUCAUGGGAAUCACAGCACAUUUCACUUAUGUAUCAGGUGAAGUUGCUGUUCUUCGUGCCAGGGAACAUUUUCCUCCAGAGAAUGGGCAGAAAGUCACAAUCAGCCAAGGUGCCAAAGUUGCAAAGCAAGAGACAAUCAUCUGUUCUUGUGAUUGUAUGGUCUCCCUCCUUCAUGUCCCUUUAUAUCCUUGAUAUUUCUGUACACCAUCCUGAGGAAGACAGUGAUCUAUAAGCUAAAACUUUUAAUACGCUGUGUACAUAUGUAUAGGCAAAUUUGUUAUCCAUUGGAAAGUCUCUACAUGCUUUAUGCAAAAUAACUCAUCUUGUGUGAGACAAGAGAAGCUCUUCCCAGUCAUUCAAAGCUAUGCACGUAUCUAGUUUUGAUUUUGAUAAAUUUAAUGAAUGAUUGUAGAGUUGUCAAGGAAAAAGCCACAAGACAGAAAGAGGUGCACUAUUAAUUGUCCAAAUGUGCAUGCUUAGGUGACAAUUCUUAGUCUUCUUUAGUCUUUCUUAAGGAAGGGAGUCAGAGAGAAUAUGAUUGGUUGGGCAUCAUUGCCCAAAGAUGCUUAACAGUAGAGGCAUGCAAAACAUCAAGAGCUCAGAACAAUUGUCAAUUUUGGAGUGGCUUGUUCAGAUUUUACCAGAAUGCUGCUCUAGAAGAGUUUUCCAUUCAAAAGAGAAGUUUCAGGGUUGAAAUACUUCUAAAGCAAAUUAUUUCAGGUAAGGUUCAGAACAGCUAUUCUGAGCUUGACAUGUUUUGUAUAAAAUCUUUUUAAUAGCACUUUCAAGCAAAAGCUAUCAACAAGUCCACCUUUCAAGUUACCUGCUGUGGAACUGAAUUGGAAUAGAUUACUAGUUUGGGUUCCCAUUGCUAAGGCUCUUGGUGCACAUUUGCCAGACAGCUGCUAAACAGGCCUGAAGGCUUACUUCCAACUUUGAAUGUUAGGCGGGGAACAGACUGAACCAAAAUUCAGACAGCUCUAUCCUUUUCUGUGAUUCCAAGUCGAGUCACUCCCCACAUUCAAAGUUGGAAGUAAGCCUUGAGGCCUGUUUAACAGCUGUGUGGAAAAUGUGCCCCAUGAAGCCUCAUUAAAGGCAUGACGCAGCUAACAUGCCACAUAGAAGCCUCUGAAAUACAUGAAGCUGCUGCACUGUUUAACUAGUAAGUUUGAUUCAUUGAAAAAAAUGGAACACAAUUUUAUUGUUCUUAUCUGGGGAUAAGCAAAGCGCAGCGCUUACAAGAGUGGGAUGUUUUAAUUAUCGUAAUAGAUUAAAAAUGGCAACAAAUUUAUUAUGGGCAGUUAUAAAAAUUGCAGAGGACAGCUCUGUAUCUUAACACAUAAAUUCCCUCUCCUAUAAGAGAGAUUUUCCUCUAUCUCAAAGUAAAGCAGUGUGCAUCUUGUUUCAGAAAUAGUUUUUUUCCCAUAUGCAUAUCAAUCAUUUUAUUAAAACUGAUUAUGUUUAGUUAACCAUAUUUUUUUAAAGAAAGCCCAUAACCCCUCACUAUUUGAAGGAAAGCAUGUGCAUCAGCAAACAGGAAAAAAAGAAUAAGAAAAAGAAGUUUAGAAUAGAGUUAAAAUUGCCCAGAAAAAAGCCUUAGAGGCUUGAAUGACAUUAAUCCUUUAAGGAUUUGGGAAGCUACGAAAUAUUGUUUUUAAGCACCUUGGGGACAUUCCCUUUAUCUUUAUGUAUAUGUGACAUAACGUUAAAAAAAAAACAAGGCAUCUUUGCAAUACAGUAACCGUUUCACAGAAUUGUGCAGCAAUCCCCAGAUUGAAUCUGUUGUGUCAAAAAUGAGCUAAAUGAAGGUAUUGUGAUUCUUUCUCAAAGGCAGUUUCCAAAAAUAUUGGAAAGAAUUAAGCUUAUUAUUCCGUUUGCUGGCAUUUUAAUUACUCUGCACCCAAUAGUAUAGGGACACUGCUUACAUACCAAGAAUAAAUCCCUCCUGUAGAUAUAAAAAAUUCAAUUGAAGAGAAAACUCCCCUCCCCCCCAACACACACCCAGAAUUUCCUUGUUGGAUUGAUGACAGUUCCAAGUAUGUAGCACUGCGUCUGUAAUGUUACCAGUUGAGGAAAGAUCAGAAGAUGCCACAAAUGAGAUUAUUUUCUUCUAGGAAUCUCCUAUUUGCUUCAGGAACCUCAACACGGGAUUCAUAGCACUGACGUGCCUAUAGACAUGUUCCUCAAUUUUUUUUUUUUUUUUUUUUUUGUUUACAUUUAUACCCCGCCCUUCUCCGAAGACUCAGGGCGGCUUACAGUGUAUAAGGCAAUAGUCUCAUUCUAUUUGUAUAUUUUUUACAAAGUCAACUUAUUGCCCCCCCAACAAUCUGGGUCCUCAUUUUACCUACCUUAUAAAGGAUGGAAGGCUGAGUCAACCUUGGGCCGGGCUCGAACCUGCAAUAAUUGCAGGCUUCGUUGUUCUUAAUAACAGGCUAUUACCAGCUUGAGCUAUCCGGCCCUUCAAGAUUUCCUAUUCCUAUUCAAUAACUUCAAGAUUUCCUAUUCUGCUUUUUAAAAUCAAAGCAAUACUUUAAACAUAAAGUUGGUAAGCUGUGGGAAAAGCUGCCAGCUUCUGUCAUGUUCUUUAUGUCCAGAAGUGCCUCUGUUAGCCAGGCAGGGUCCUCAUAGAAGAAGACAACGACAGUGCUUUGCUUUUGAAAAUGUGACCAUGUUUUCAGAACAAAAGAUAAGUUAAUAACUAAUAUUAAUAGGGUAGUAAAAAGCAUCCUUGCUCAUUUUCUUUCUGGUAAAUGGGAGUUUCAAACUGGCCCAACCACCACAGCAGUCCUUCUGAUAAUUCACAAAUGGGCCUGACAGAUAUUUUGUGAAGUUGUCAUACUUCUAGCAUUUCAAAGGUUGAGGGAUUCCUACCUUGGCUUAAGGGGAAUUAUGAUAGCAUCUUUUUUUUUUUGUAGAAAAUAAGAGACAGAGGAAAACCUAAUUCAAAAGGGACAUACUGUAGUCCUCAACUUACACCAUUCAUUUAGCAACCAUUCAAAGUUACAAGAAGCAGUGGAAAAAAGUAAAUUAUGACCAAUCUUCACCCUCACAACCCUCAACAUCCCCAUGGUCAUAUGGACAAAAUGGGCUUGAACACUGAGAUAUAUUUAUGAUGGUUGUAGCAUCGCAGGGUCAUGUCUAUGGAUAUCCUCAGUCUUUCGGGUCAUGGUUGUCCCAAAGGUGCUUUUUCAAGAGGCAACUAAACUUUCUUUGGUUUUCUUUGAAGAUGUUUUGUCAGUUCUGAAGAAGCUUCUUGGAUGAGAAGCAAAAUGUCUCCAAAGAAAUACCAGAAAGUCCAGUUGCCUCUUGAAAAAGGACCUUUGGGAUCCCAGAGUCGUAUGAUUGCCAUUUGUAACCUUCCCAGCCAGGUUCUGACAAACAAAGUCAAUGAGAGAAGUUGGAUUCUCUUAACAACUGUGUGGUUCAUUUAGCUGCAAUGAUUUGCUUAAUGAUCAGGGCAACAAAGCUCAUAAAAUCAGGCAUGAUCCACUUGGUGACUGCCUUAGCAAUAGAAAUUCUGGUCCCAAUUGAGGUUGUAAAUUAAGGGAGACCCUGUACCCUUUUCUCUGGAGGAACUGGUGAACAUACUAAGUGAUAACAGUGCAGAGUAAAAAAUCCCUUCUUCCACGAAAGCUGUGGUAUCCUCUUUCAUUUCUGGCUUAAAAUAAAACUCCAUAGAAAGAUGAUUUUGCUUUGAGAUUCCUUUAGUUCAGUGGUUCUCAACCUUUAUAGUGCUGCGACCCCUUUAAUACAUGCUGCAACUCCUUUAAUAUAGGACGGAGGCAUUAAAGCGGAGACUCCUCCCCUAUUAAGUUUAUCGCGCCUGAAGCCAGAUUAGGCUAGCGAUUGGGAGUGAUUGCAGCUGGCUUGAGAGGGAGACAUCAGAGCAAAGAUUUCUCUCUUUUUUAAUUCAUCACGCCUGAAGCCGAAUUCGGCUAGCGAUUUGAAGAGCCUGCAGCUGGCUUGUGGAGUCAACCAUUGGAGCGCGAUUCUUCGACUCGCAAGUAUACUUCCCAUAUUUCCGAUGGUCUUAGGCGACCCCUGGCAAAUCGUCAUUCGACCCCCAACGGGGUCGCGACCCACAGGUUGAGAACCGCUGCUUUAGUUGAAUCUCAGUGUUUCUAGAGGGUACUAGGCCAGGAAAGGCCAAAUUAAUUUUUCUUUCCCCAGUCUAUUGGGUCUUAAACAAAUCUUAGUAACAACAAAAAUAUCAUUUGCUCCCUCCUUCUGUAUCUUUUUUAAUUCUCCAAAUAUAACAAGAUGCAUACUAGGAUGCAUACUACAUUAACAUUGAUUCGGUUAGAUUAUUUUCUUAUUACUAAUGUAUUGCAAAAUCUAGAAAAUCUGUUACUUCAAUUAUGAGGUUAAGUAUGGUGUGUGAAUAUGACAAUCAAGCAAUGACAAUCAAGCAAAGCUUCCCACAUGGCGCCUUUUAAAAAAAAAAUAGUUCUAAAGUACAGAUACUUGUUCUUGAUAGCAUGAACCUCAUAAAUAGAGUUUGGCCUAUGAAAUGGGGCAUAUCAUAUUUGUUUAUACAAUGCACUCAGCGGAGGCUUUUUUUAUUCAUGUCAAAACGAUAACAUCAGUUCAUUGGAAUUGAAAGGAACAACAACAAAAAGAUUGUUGAUGAACAGCUGAACUUCCAAGUAUUUGGAAGAAUGCAUGUAACCCAACUGGGGUAAAAAGGGGAGAGAAAUGCAUGUUGCUCCUUUAAAAUCAACCCUUCAGAGUACAUUGUGCAAUUAUCUCAUGUACUAGCCAACAAAACAACAAGGAACAUUUUGUGGACAAUCAAAAGCAAAAGGCUGGGAUCUUAUAAAUACCGCACCCAUGUUUAUGAAGGAUGUAGCAAGGUAAUGGGCUACAAUUUUUUGCUAGGUCUGAGGGAAGGUCUUGGCUUAAAUCCCUUAGUUCUUUAGGAUCAUUGCCUUGUUUUGUUUACAGAGACAGAUGUAAUUAAGUUUUGCGUUGGAUUUAUGAACUAAGAUUACAUCUGUAGGAGGCUGCUGUUUAGAACAGAAUAUUGGAGAAAUGCAAAAUUCCUUACUUGAAGGAGAGAGUCCAGCAAGACCAAGGUCACAGCACCCAAUAUUCCUUGGAGUUUUUCUAUUCCAAUGGAAAAUCUUUGGCCAAGAUUCUUGCAAUUCUCAGAAACCUUCCUUGCAACAGUCGCAGUAUUGUCUUAGUAUUAUUUCCAGGAUUGACAUAAGUUAUCAACAGUGGUAUUCACUGCUGAAUACCCAAAGGGCAGCGCUUGUAACAGCAUUUUCAUCCAAGAUGGAAAAAUUUCCAUCAGUCGUUCUAUGCAAAAAAUACCACAAAUCUCUUCUUUGUCCAUGUGUGUGUGUGUUGAUUUUAUUUUUACUGCUCCAUAAUGCUUAAUUAACUCAUUUAACCUUAUGUAUACCGUGCCUGUUUAAAACGAUAGAGAAACUCUUCACUCUGUAUAGAGGGCAGAAGAGUCAGGUUUUCACAGCCCUCCUUGCCAGAAAAGAGAAAACCUACUCCACAAAACCUACCUCCACAGAACCGCAGAGACUGUGUGGUUUCACAAGCCAAGCAGUCUUAGGCCAACCUUGAAAUUUCUUAAGACUUCUGGAAAGCAAUAGCCAUGAAAAACCAUAAAAGCACUUAAUCCUCCUUAUUUGAAAAAAGGUCAUUUCUCCCAACCACCUUGGUUUUCAUAUAUAUGAUGUUUAAUAGAGCCUUAACUAUUUUAUAUGGCAAUAUUACAACCCACAUGAUAUUGGCAAUGCUGAACUUGUUAUAUAUGCUUGCUAGAAUGAAAUAUUAUUAUUGGGGAAAACUUUGUAUAACUACCCUUUCUUUUGUUGGUUUACAUUUUGAGCAAAUGACAUAUCAAAACUAGAGCUCUUUGAGAGACAGCCGUGCCAAAGAAAGCAUUUAAUACAUUUUUGUUGUGUUUGCAUUUUAUACAAAUGAACUGUUUUUAGCAGAUGUUUCUUGUUUAAUAUAUUAAAAGAACUGCAAUAUCCAAUGA